AUGCCUCGAUAUGACGAUCGAUACAGUGGUACACGUCUCUAUGUUGGUCAUCUGUCAUCUCGAACAAGGGAACGGGAUCUUGAACGGCUCUUCAGCAAAUAUGGAAGGUUUUUUUGACCUGGAGGAUUAUGGUGAGAGAGAGAGAGAGAGGGUCCCCUUGGUGGAAAAUUCUUUCAUGGUGUUUGGGUGACUUUGGCGGUUCUGUUUCUUGUCUUAUUGCGUGUUUUAGUGGUGAAAAAAUGGCAACAAUCUCAAGAUCUGGUGUUUUGUUAGCCGUUGAUGCCUUGAUGGUGCAGUAUCAUAGCACACUAGCUACACCAGUAGCUAGCAGUUCUUUUAAAGUUAAAUGUGGCCUUACUGUUUCUGGAAAACCAUUUCCGCAGAAUUCGAGAUUUGGACAUGAAGCGAGACUAUGCCUUCAUCGAUUUCAGUGAUCCUCGAGAUGCUGAUGAUGCGAGGUACAGGUUGGACGGGAGAGACUUUGAUGGAAGCCGUAUAAUUGUGGAGUUUGCAAAAGGGACACCACGUGGUUCCAGAGAAUUUUCCUCGAGCAGAGGUCCUCCUCCUGGAAGUGGUCGUUGCUUCAACUGUGGUCUUGAUGGCCACUGGGCUCGAGAUUGCUCCGCUGGUGACUGGAAGAACAAAUGUUAUCGAUGUGGAGAUAGGGGUCACAUUGAGAGGAAUUGUAAGAACAGUCCUAAGAAGCUGAGGCGGGAUGCAAGUUACUCAAGAUCGCCAGUUCGGUCCCGGUCUCGGUCUCCUCGUCGUAGAAGAAGAAGCCCUAGCAGAAGCUACAGCCGUGGUCGUAGCUACAGUCGCUCUAGAUCACCGGUUAGGAAGGAAAAGGAUCUGAGUCCUGAACCUGCUGCUAGAAGCAGAAGCCCUGAACCUAUGGUGGACAACUCUCCUCCCUCCAAAGAUAGAAAGAGAAGCCUGAGUCCUGAAGAAGGCAGCCCAAUGCGCGAGAAGCACAGCCCCAAAGAGAGACCGAGAAGGAAUGAUGAUGACGGUAUUGGAACCAAUGGACAACAAGACCGGAGUUCUAGUCCCAGAGAGGACCGUAGCCCUAAAGGCGGACACAGCCCAAGAGACGACCGUAGCCCUGUGGAAGAUGAUGACCAGUGAAGAGUUGGAAGACAAAUGUUAUUUGCUUUUGGGAGAUUAUUUAUGACUUAUAAUGGUCUUAGACAAUGUAAUGGAUUUUGUUCUUCCUGUUUGGGAACUUGGCUCGAAACUUCGUCUUAUAUUUUUCGAAAAAUUUAAGAAAAUAAAUCAA